AUGAGCCCAUUCGUGCGAGACGUGGGGCAGAUCCUCCUUGAUGACGGGUCCGCGUUCCGCGAACUCUGGGCCGGCAUGCACCCGCCCAGGGACGAGGUCAACGGCGGCGGCGGUAGCGGGACGACGAGCCGACGGCACAGCGUCAGCGUCGUGCAGCCCCGUCGCGGCAAUAUCGUUGGCUUCAAUGCCCCGGGAGUCAGCGACGGUCCAGAUGAUGUCCCACGUUCCUUCGCCGGCGGCGGAGGCUUCGGUGGCGGGCUGAUGCUGUCGGACGAUGACCUGGCAGCGGACCUGGGCAUGCUGGAUCUCAAUGGGCCACCGAAGGCGUCGCAGCAGCCGCCCUCCCAGCCAGCGUCGAUGCCGGUGUAUACGCCGAUAUCGCGCAGCCCGCCGUCACAGGACCACUACCAGCCGAUGAACAUCGGUUCGCUUUCGUCGCAUAACGGCGACCUGCACCGCGACCCGAGCCCGCCUCAGCACCAGGAGCAGGCGCACGACCUACAGCCGCGCUUCAUCCCGGGGCAGGGUAUACAGUACCUGUCUCAGCAGGCGAUUCAGCAGGACCAGAAUGCGCAGUACGCGCGCACACGCAGGCCAUCAUACACUGGUGGCCCACUAUCGCCGACGUCGCAGCGCAUGGUGCAGAAUCCCCAGUCUCCGCCGUACUACCCGACGCGCCGGCCCUCGGAUGCGCAGGCGCCCGCGCCUCCUCAGCAGCUCACCGACCUCGGCAAGGGUGUCCCGUUACAUGCAGUCCCGCCCUCCUGGCCGCUCUUCAUCGUCGAGUUCAAGGCUGGUCGCACGGACCUAUUCUACCUCACCGAUACGUCGCAGGACAUUCGCGUCGGCGACCUCGUCGUUGUUGAGGCCGACCGCGGGAAGGACCUCGGCAAGGUCGUCAACGACAGCAUCACUAUCGCCGAGGUCGAGGCGUGGCAGACGCGGCAGCAGGGCGGGGCCAACAGCGGUGCGGAAAACCCGACGAGCCCCGGCGGCGCGCCGUCGUCGAGCAAGAAGGAGAUCAACCCAAAGAUGAUGUACGGGAAGGCGUCGGUGCAGGACACACAGCAGCUGCAGCAGAAACUGCAAGAUGAGCUGAAGGCGCUCCAGCUCUGCCAGACUAAAGUCCGCGCGAAGAAGCUGCCGAUGGAGGUGAUUGACGCUGAGUAUCAGUGGGAUCGGCGCAAGCUUACCUUCUAUUUCAUCGCCGAGAAACGCAUCGAUUUUAGGGAGCUUGUGCGCGAGCUGUUCAGGCUAUACAAAACUCGCAUUUGGAUGGCCUCGCUCCAGGGCGGGGUCUCCUUUGAGCAAUGA